GGAAAGAAAUCAAAAAGAAAAAAAAAAACCUGUCUGUAAAUUACGCGAAGCGUUGUGUUGACUCAUUUUUUAUUGCACGCAGAGAUCGGGAGAACCAUCUACCCUAGAUUUCGGUUUCUCCGAUCACUCCGACCUUAACACGGGACCUGCAUUGAUCGGAUCGCUUCGAAUCAGAUAUGCAAAAGCGGCAUCUUCUGUUUUGAAUCGGCGACUCGGUGUUCGAAUCAGCUGUUAUUUUGCUAGAAAAUUGGAAAUCGAACUCGUUUUAUAGCUCUUGUUAGAUCCAUUUGAACAAUCUUCCCGAAUUUGCGGAUUUCGAGGAUCUACAUUCUACAAUAUCGUUGAGCAUUGGGGGAUUUGAUAUCUGAUAUCGGGUUUCCUACUGGAAGGGUUGACUUCGGAAGAUUUGCAAACUCGAUUCUUGAGAUGGAUUCGUUGUCUUCAAUCAGCGAGGAGCUAGCUGAGAUCGAUGGACAGAUUAGUGACAUAUUCCGUGCUUUAUCAAAUGGAUUCCAGAAGUUGGAGAAGAUUAAAGACACAAAUAGGCAGAGCAGACAGUUGGAAGAACUUACAGAAAAGAUGCGGGAGUGUAAAAGGCUUAUUAAAGAUUUUGAUAGAGAAGUGAAGGAUAUUGAAAGGAGAAAUCGUCCAGAUAUCAACAGAAUGCUCAAUGAGAAAAAGCAGUCGAUGAUCAGAGAAUUGAAUUCGUAUGUUGCUCUCAAGAAGCAAUAUGCAAGUACCCUUGGAAACAAGCAGAGGGUGGAUCUUUUUGAUGGGCCUGCUGGUGGAGAGGGGUUUGGCCAAGAGAAUGCCUUGUUGGCAUCUUCUAUGACCAACCAACAGCUAAUAGAUACUGGUAACCAGAUGAUGGACGAAACUGAUCGGGCCAUUGAGCGCUCAAAACAGGUUGUUGAACAAACUAUUGGCGUUGGAGCAGAGACGGCAGCUGCUCUCAAAGCUCAGACAGAACAAAUGAGUAGAAUUGUAAAUGAGCUUGAUUCUAUCCAUUUUUCAAUCAAGAAGGCUUCUAAACUGGUUAAAGAAAUCGGUAGGCAGGUUGCAACUGACCGGUGUAUUAUGGCAUUUCUCUUCCUAAUUGUCCUUGGAGUCAUAGCUAUCAUCAUUGUGAAGAUCGUGGACCCAAAGAACAAAGACAUUCGGGAUAUUCCUGGGCUGGCUCCACCAGCUCUUUCAAGGAAACUUCUUUGGAACACCAAUUAGAGUACAAUGACUAAAUAAUCGUGGGAUUUCAUUGAAAAGCCACUUCGUACUGAUAAGGCAUUAGGUCUGGGAAAUUAUGUUCGCUCAUUGUUUCUGAUGCAUCCACUCCGGAAGGAAAAGAACAAGAACAAAAGAAAGUGAUAACCAAGUCCCACUCACUGAAGCUCUCUGCGUAUUUCUCACAAAGCAUCUUUUAUUGGAGAAGGUCCGUAUGCUUUGAGUUACCCCGUGAAGAUUUUCUUUUAGGAUAAUAAUAUUGUCACCUGGGCUAUGGGACCUAAUAUGUGAUUAUCUUGAACUUGAAUUUUGGUCCACAGUGACCACCUAAAAUACCAAGUCGAACAUGUGUAUUUAUUUGUUUUAGUUUGGUUGUAUUUUCUCUUCCGUUCCUGACAGUCUAAUGGUUAUAUGAAGAGUUGGCAGUUGCUCAAUUUAUGGAUUCAA